AUGUCUAAUUCAGAUGUCUCUGAAGAAGAAACGCGAAAGGAUUACUCAAUAUCCCUUAUUCCUAUAUCUCACACGAAACCAACACAUUCAUUUGCUACUUUGAUUGCAUUCGCAAUCUUACAAUCCAAAUCUAAAAAAUGUACGUUGUCUCACAUUUAUCAGUGGAUAAGUGAUCAUUUCCCAUAUUAUGACAUAAAUGAUUCGGGUUGGCAAAAUUCCAUUAGACAUAAUUUAUCAAUAAAUCCUUCCUUUAUUAAAUGUGAAAAAUCAAAAUAUUGUAAGGGCCAUUUCUGGCAAAUAAAACCUAGUCAUCGCUCAUUGUUUCCAGUAGAAGACGUAACAGAAAUGACAUCUUUUAAAGAAGUGAUACUUGAGACACAGAAACCUGAUUGCGAAAUGGAAAAGAAAGUUGGAAACGAACGAGAACUAAAUAACAUUUCAAAAAAAAUUACGAAGAAAAAAUGUAGAAAUUUGGCUAAUAAACAAGUAGAAUCUCGACUUUUGUAUAAUAUUCGAAACAGGUAUACAUCAUCAUUCAAUUCAACCUUUGAAGAAAUAGAGUACAAUGCUACUUCUUCUUCGUCCCAAUUGGGAAUCGGAACAUCAGAAGAGAAUAGUGUUGAGUAUAACUUUGUUGAGAGACCAAGUUCAAAAGGUUCAUCAAGAACAAGGUCGGUAACUCCUUUCCAAUUGUUCAAUACACCUAAAAAAAAUUGGAGUUUUUAA